CCCCCUCCCUUUUUCUCUUCCUCUCCCCUCUCCCCAUCUCUCUAACCCUCUCACCCGACCUACAGCACACGGUAACAGGAUAACUGCACUGCAAUUUGUCCCGCAAAUGGACUGGAUACUCAGCGUCUCUCGCGAUAAAACCUUUCAGUGGUGCUGCACGAAAACCGGUCGAAAGCUGGCAGUUUCGAGGCACAGGCGUGGUGCAUGGACAUAGCGUACGACCACAUCAGUAGCUACGUGUUUGUGGCUGACUAUGGCGGACAGAUCAGCGUGCUGAAACUGGAGAGCCAGGGGUUUCAAUUUAUCACCACACUCAAGGGACAUCAGAGUAGCGUGCGGAGUCUGGCCUACGACCAGGAGAGUAGAGUUCUGUUCUCCGGAGGCUACGAUCAGAUCAUAGUGGUCUGGGACAUUGGGUCACAGAAAGGAACAGCCUACGAACUGACAGGACACAAAGCAAAGCUAACUGAUCUUUGUUUCUCGCCACAAGUCAAGAGACUGUUAUCCAGCUCAGAGCGAGGGAACGUUGGAAUAUGGGACCUCGAUAUUCAAAGAGAAGAGACGGCAGAAUGGGGCGGGGGGAGUACCUGCGAGAAGUGUGGGAUUCCUUUCUUCUGGAACGUGAAGGACAUGUGGACAAGAAAAGUCAUCGGUGUUCGGCAGCACCACUGUCGUAAGUGUGGCCGGGCGGUGUGUGCCAAGUGUUCGGAGCUGGAGUCCACCUACCCUCCAAUGGGGUUUGAGAUACCGGUCAGGAUGUGUCAGGACUGCCACGCAACCGUCACCACCGAUGAUCGCACUCCUCUUGCAACGUUCCUGGAGUUCAAGUCAGAUGUGACAGACAUGGACUUGGACGAGGAACGGUGGAUUUGGAUCACAGUGGGAUCUGACAAGAUCAUCAAGGUAUGGGAUAUAAAGUCCACACUCUGUCCCUAGACUUUCUACAAACUCUGCCAUUUCCUCGUCUCAUGUACCACCAGCUAUUGUGUGAAUCACUGUUCCAUCGCGAUUCAUUCUGACAUCUUUUUUCUCUUUCUAUUUUUGACAUUUUGUGUGUGUAUGUGCUACUUAAUUAUAAUUAUAGGCUUUAAUUUCAGGGCUUGUGUACUUUUACAAGUCCAUUACUAUUGUACUUCUUGUGCAGUUUUAUCACAAAUCAGUGUGUUUGCGUGUGAUCAAAAUUACGCAAAACAUUAAUCUUUUGUUUGGACAAGUGUAUAUUAUGACACGUGCACAGAAAACAUUUCGGAUCAAACACGCUAUAUGCGGGACAAGUGCAGAGAGAAAAGCUAACGAUUGGUAGAAGUUAUAAGUGGUGCGUCGCUCGAAGCGGAAGACAAACUAUCGUCGUUCACAGAGGCUGAAGAUCCUCUCACUUGGACGGCAAAAGUUGGAGAUUCGAGUGGUGGUGGAACUGGAGUAACAGCAGUAGGCGUUGCGAAAUUCUCCAAACUCUCUGUAUCUAUACUGAGACUGCUGGCACUGGAGGAGGAGAGCGGAUUGACUUCGUACGGCGCCCCCGGAACUCCCGGCGGCUGUUCGUUCUGUUGAGAAACCGACUGUUUGCAGAGGGGACACAUGGAGCUGUGCUCUGUGAGCCAUGGGUCGAUGCAGUUGGGGUGAAAGAAGUGGCUGCAAGGCAGUACACGUACGACCUCCUCCGCUUGAAAUUCUUCCACACAGAUUGCGCAGGUUUCUUUGCUGGAGGAGGACUCGCGAAGCGCCACCUCGGAGAACUUCUUCUGCGGGAGAGCUCGCGUCGCCUCUUCUCCUAGCGGCGGGUGACGGCCUGGUUCGAUGUGCAGUUCUUGUAACUGUCGCAGAAUGCUCUCGAUUAGCUCCUGUCUUUCCAGCCUCGCUCGGGUGAAUCGCUGUUGGAGUGGGUCCCGGCCGCCGGUCGCCGGGAAACUGUAGAGCCCGCGCCGACGGGCCCGCCACCGGCAGUAGACGAAGCAGAAAAACAGCGUGAAGAGAGCGAGGGAUAGAACGAGAAAGCCCACACUGAAUCCGACCACUAAAUCGUCGAGAUCAACCACCGAGACGUCGGCUCUAACGGAGCCUGUCUGGGAAUCCGUGGCCGCUAUCUCCAACAGUUUCUCCGCGUAUCCGCUGGAGAUAGCCACGAUCGGGAAAUCGCUGUCUCUGAGAGAACUGGACAGAUCUGGAGCCGAUGAGGAACCGUUGUCGUAGCCGAUCACCAGGUCGAACCCGGCGUUUCUGACGUUCUGGACCAUGUCCUUGGCGCAGGUGCUGAGACCUUCGAUCAGGGCGAACCAGCGAGAACCCUCGGCCUGGACAUCGUAGGAGAGAGGGUCGAUGUACUGACAGCCAUUCGUAGGGAAUUCGAGGUCGCUCCACCUCCACACGUAGCCGCUCAACUUGCCGUUCCCGGGGAAGUUGGCGUAGCGGUAGGUGAACACGCUAUCGUCUUCGUAUUUGUACCUGUCGCCGAGGGACCUGGAGUUGUUCUUGAGCUCGAUGGUGACAUACUGCCAAGAGGGACUGGCGAGGAGGCCUAGAAAAACCAGCACUAUCGCCUCUGGGGCCAAGACAAGGAACUGCAUUUCCGCCGAGCCCCCAGUGCA